ACCACCAGUCCCAAUGGCUGUCAAGCAAUCCCUAAUCCAGCGUAUCGACCGGGCCGACAAGGCCGCCAUCAUCCAGGCCAUCAUUGCAGAUGGCUGCUGUAUAAUUCAGAACUUCACGGAAGUAGAGACGGUGAAGCAGGUUAACUCGGAAGUGCAACCUUAUCUCGAUGCUGACAAGCCCUGGAAGGGCGACCUCUUCCCCCCAGAAACACGCCGCUGUGCCAACCUCGCGGGACGGAGCCAGACGGCCCGAGAAAGGUGGCUCAUUGACCCGCUCAUUCGCAGUCUGACUGCCCAUUUUGUGGACAAGACAACAUCCAACUUUUACGGAGAGACAAAACACACGUAUACAAGCGAGGCGAUUUGCUCGAUCGCCAUGUCGUUCGACAUCGGGCCGGGGGCCAAGGCGCAGCGGCUUCACCGAGACGAUAAGAACUUUCAUGUUGACCAUGAAGAUCAGAGCACUACAGGCUAUCGGGUGGGCUCGGAUGUGAUGAUGGCUUUCAUGGUGCCCGGGGUGAAGACGACGGUUGAAAACGGCGCUACCAUUGCCAUCCCCGGCAGCCACCUCUGGGGCUCUGACCGGGCGCCCAGGAUGGACGAAGCAGUGGUGGCGGAGAUGGAUCCGAGUGACUGCUGGGUGAUGCUGGGGGGACUGUACCAUGCCGGCGGGGCGAAUGUCACACAGAGCGAACGACGGGUUGUACAUGGCAUGUUCUUCACGCGCGGAUUUUAUCGACAGGAGGAAAACGCCUAUCUUGCCAACACAGCAGACGACGUUUUGUCCUGGUCUCCCGCCGCCCAAAGAGUAAUGGGAUACGAACUUUCGAGCCCCAAUAUUGGCUUUGUUGGCUUCCAGACCCCACUGCAGUAUCUGCGGGUUGAAGGGGUUGGGGAUGCUUUUGGGGACUUUGACCCUUCGCAGGAGCAGCCAAACAGAGAAACACACUGACCCGGCUGCUUUACCUGCCACUUAGCUUUCAGUGUAGUUUU